AGGUUAUUGUGAAGUACGAUAAUCGAUAACACAUCGACACUGCUCAUCGUUUGAUAAUUCAACAAUCUGCUGCUCUAUUUGAGAUUAUUGAAUUAAUCUGAUCCAUUCACAGAACACAAGGUAAUCAUGAUGGUCAGCGGUCUCAGCACCAUAGUCAUCACAACAUUUCUCAAAGUCUGUACUGACGUCACAAGCCGACGCCCUGUGACCAUCUACAGGCCGCAAUGCCCCCCUGGGUACUGCUCCCUAGGAGACUAUGCUCAAGAAACGCAUUCCCAUGCACCAAACUAUGGCGUCACACUAUGCUUUCGUGCCAAUAACAACAGCACCUUGCUUGCAAGGCCUCGUGGGUUCACCCAAAUAUGGAGUGCUGAGCAUGAUGGGUAUGAUGAUGCAAUGAGUGGAAGUGGUUCAGGGUCUGGGUCAGGAUCCUCUGAAUCGUAUGAGUCACAAAAAAUAGUUUCAUUUUGGCGAGCUAUUCCUCCAUCUGAUGAGUAUGUCUCAAUUGGGGAUAUGGUUACCACAAACUAUGAACAACCCUCCACAAAGAUGACAUGUGUUGUACAUAAGUCCUUGGUUACUACAGCAAACAGUGGCCGGAGGGUCUGGCGGGAGCAUUCAGGAGCAGCCAGUAUCUGGAUGACGGGCCGUAGCGAUGAAUACCUGGACCUUAGAACAUUUAGGACCAACGAUAACAAAGAUGACCCUGGAAACUUUAGGGCUCUUAUUUUAGAAGUACUCCCACCACCACAUGAUGGCACUUUUAUUAAAAGAACCAUAAGAGGAAAUGACCUUAAAUUGCUGUAUAAGUACCAAAAUGGAGAGGCCUAUGAGAGUGUUAACAUUUAUGUGCCUCAGCCACCUCCAGGAUUUGUGCCCUUGGGAUUCUAUGCACAAAAAGGACACAAAAGAAAUCAAGAUGCACAAGUUACUGUUGUCAAGGUGAUGACUACCUAUGGAUCACGACUAAUGCUCACUCCUGCUGGAUAUCGCAAGGUUAUGGAAUAUAACGACCAUCAUAAUAACAGCAUAUUAACAUACUGGAGACCGAUUUCUGCCCCUGGGUACUACUGCAUGGGAGACAUUGUCACUAUCAAUCAACACAAUGUGCCAUCAUCAGAUACAAUAGCAUGUCUGCAUUGGAGUCUUGUUAUGUCCAGUCAACGAGGGUCAAGGAUUUGGUGGAGUAAAAAUCACCCUUACAAACACACCCAUACCAAGAAUGAUUUUACCCUGUGGGGGGUAGGGGGUAGGGAGUUCUGUGAAUCACCAAAUACAUUUAUUGCACAUCCUGGCUUUGUAACCCCACCUUCCGAGAGGCUGUUAUUCCACUGCCUUCCUAACCAAGGCAUUGAAAUCUAGUACCCAGUCUACACACAGGUAGCCCAUAACAUCAGUAAUAUACUACAUCUAGUACCCAGGUUACCAGCAACUGAACAUCAUGCAGGUAGCCCAAGGAUAUUGAAAUAUAAAACAAAUCUAGUUACAAAGAUACUUGACAAUACAAUUAUAAUCUAAAUCGUUACAACACAAGACUUGUAUGUUCUAACAUGUGUUAAUAUUACCAGUAUAUUCCCUUUGAUUCCAUAACAGUGGUUUCAUAUGACAACAAUUCAAUAUACAUAUAGUACGAAAAAUUAACAUUGUCAGUAUUCCUUUUGAUUUAAUUGCUGAAUAAAUCUAACAUAAACAGCAAAA